AUCUCGCCCCGGUCCACCUCGAGGGACUGCGGACUAACCGGAUUUCCAUCGAGAUAAUAGUAACAGAAGGCCCAUGCGGAAUUUAAGCCUAUGAUCAUUCCAUGAACAAGAAAGCACUCCUCCAUCCAACCAUUGACUACACUUAUUCACGGGAGCUUCAAGCCCUGUAUUCAUCAUGCCUCGAGCUAGACCGAGUGCCUUCGACGUAACCGACGCAGCAUCAGAGGGCCGACAUGCGUAUGCGACCGACCGACCACAGAGUCCCCCUCCCCCACCGCCUCCUCCUCCACGAGCUACCCCAUCGAUUCCAGCCAAACGGAGAUCAGAGCAACACGCUCCUGCUGCCGAACGCGCCCCCAAAGUUUCCCGACCCGUGGACCUCGUGUACUUCGAGCCGCCUCCCAACCUCAUAGUCGAAGAUCGACACUUUCGCGUCGACGGCGAGGAGGAUUACGACGGCAACGACGGAAAGCCGAUCCGCAUCUUAUCCAACUUCUGCAUAUUCGAGCCCGCAGCUAGGAAUCAGUGCGUUUCUCUGAGGGAGCUGGAAGCGAGGUCUCCGUCCCGGGAGUUCUUUGCCGUGGGGAUACCUUUCCUGCUGCACGAAGACGAGGACGACCACGCGGAACAAGAGAAUGACGAGGAGGAGUUCUUGUCCUUGGCCAAUAUCCGCCUAUGUCCCCUGGACUAUUCCACUGAUAAUGCUGCAAUUAUUCUUUCGACGGCCCAUGCGUACUACGUGCUCAUGCGACCGUCCUUCUUGUAUCGACGACAUUUCGAGCAGUAUCUAGUCCCGAUUGAGAUUGCUCGAUGGAUCAUUGAGAGCGCGCGCUCCCGCGUCCAGGGUGAUCUCGUCCGUCUGGCAUACGCGAAGAACCCGCGGUGGACUAGACAAAACCUUGUGGACUCGGCCAAACAGGUCCCGUAUGUGUUAGACGCGAUUUCUGAAGCGGGAGACCAGGCAGCCCUGAACAGGUCGAUGCUCGUGGUCAAUCUCCUGAAGCUACCUGGCCAAAGCAGAACCGACCGCAUGAACCGCUUCACCGAUACCACACGGCCUCUCACACGACUCCUUGGAAACAGAGAUCUCGCUGUCCUCCGCCAGCAGCUACCCACACACGUGACUCCACUCAUUGCUGAGUUUGCCAGUGGAUAUUUCCAAGAGAAGCUACAUGUGCUGUCCGGAGGACCUACAAAGAACCCAUCGAAAGCGGAAGUGGCACGGCGCAGGGAAGCUGCGCUGGAAUACUUGAAAGCUCACGUCGAGCUGUCGCGCCAGCAACGCAGGGGCCUUCUGAAUCUUGAGUUCGACAGAGGCAGUGAGCUUUAUGUGGAGUCUGCCAUGGUCAAUCAACAAAGAUACAAGAGAGGCGACUUUGUACUGAUUCGCAGGGGCACGCAAAGCCUGUUCCCGUCGCUCAAGGCUCCGGAGCUGAAGGUGGAUCCGUCCGACGAGCAUCAGUUAUUUAAACUGUUCUGGUUUGCUCGCAUCGUUUAUUUUAAUGUGGAUACACGGAAGGUGCAUGUGCAGUGGGCGUACCACGCCUCGCAAAUGUUUCUGGAUGACAUGGCGGAUCCACUUGGAUUGUUUUUGACCACUUUAUGUGAGGACCAGAGUAUCGAGUCGAUCGUCGGUGUCCCUCUCAAAGUCGAAUUGCGGAACGCGUCACCUGACAAGGAUAAAUACACCCUCGAGUGCUUCACCUAUGACGAGCGUGAUGCCUCGUUCACUACGUUGGACCGGAAGCUGAUGCAAGAGUUCAACGCUCGACAGCCCGGUCAAAACUGUCUGCCGUGUUCCAAGAAGAACCCACAAUACAGGAGCGGCACAGGCCGCCAGCGAUCGAAAACUAUUCUUGCUGAUGAGCAGUAUCAUCCCAACGACUUUAUUCUUUUCCAGAAUCUCAAAGGAGAUGGCCCUGCGGAGGUGGGGCAAAUUAAGACCCUCCGUACCAGCUCGGGACACAUAGUCCAAGUAGAAGUGAAGAUGCUUAUACGAAUCAGGCAGGUAGGGCUGGUAGAGGAUGAUCCCUACCCUGAACGCCAUCUCGUUCUCACGGAUCACGAUGAUGUCGUCGUUGAAGUGGAGAACAUCAUCCGACGGAUCCAUGUAUUCGCGCUCGAUUUCUUCCGAGAGGGGGAACUGGCGAAAUGGGUGGCUCAUUCGCCGUUCAACUUUUACUGUUCCUUUCGGAUUCCGAUCCUGGGUCUACGGGAUCAGCGCACGCCGGUCACGGCCGCGAGUCUGCCGGUCUGCCGACAUUGCAAGCCUCCUCUAUUCGACCGACAUGAACAGGAUUUGGAGAAAAAGUUCGAUGAGCAGCAGAAGUUGGAGAAGCCGUAUUGCCUGGAUCUCUUCGGCGGGACUGGUGCCUUCAGUGGUGGCGUGGCUCAAGGAAGCCGGGGAUGUGUCCAACCUACUCAUCUCGUCGAGAUCAGCCCCAGUGCAGCCAAGACAGUCUUAAAGAACUGGCCCAAUCUCGCAGUCUCGUGUCAAGAUGCCAACCAGAUCCUCGAGUAUUGGGUCAAGGCAUCCAGAGGCAUGGAAGCGCCUAAACAAUUGUACGACGAUAAGACACCGGUCCCAGCUCCUCUCAAGCCUGGUACUGUCCGCACUAUCUUCGCUGGCCUUCCGUGUCAAUCGCAUUCUGGGCUGAACAUGUACCGAAAGGUCGCCGAAGACCACAAAAGCAAUCUGCUGCUGACUGCCCUUUCGUUCGUCGACCUGCUUCGGCCAGAUUACUUUUACAUCGAGAACGUGCCCGGAUUCUUGCGUUACAAUCUACUUGCGAGGCAAGUCGGACCUCAUCGAACAGAGGGCGGUGUCAAAUCAGGUGGUUUGAAACUAGCCGUCAAAGCCUUGCUGUCCAUGAAUUAUCAAGUCCGGUUCGCGCUACUGCAAGCAGCGCACUAUGGCACUCCGCAGCGUCGCGUUCGUUUUCUCCUGGUCGCAGCCAAAGCAGGUCUGCCUCUGCCUGGGAUGCCUCAGCCUACGCAUGACUUUCCUAGCGCACAGCAAUUAGCUAUGCAUUUGCCUUACCCUGAGAACCAGAAUUUAACGGUGAAACCGAUAUGCACCCGACGUGGCUAUGCUGCCCACGCAGGUGUAACCAUCAACGACGCUACCAGUGACCUGCCCAAGUGGGACAUGAAACACCCUAAACACAACACCAGACCAGGAAUACGAUCAUUUGGAUGCAACGAGCCGGGACAGCUCUUCGUUGGCAUGCGCGGACCGGAUGUUCAGUAUACCCAUGAGCCGAGGACAAGCUACCAGCGUAUGAUGAGAGAGCGUCUGACUACAGACAUCCAGCAUAUCACCAAGUGCUUUUUUUCCAGGACCGUCGAAAGGAUGAUCUUGGUUCCCGUCGAGGCGGGUGCCAACUUCAGAGCUCUGGGCGACCACGUGGGUGAAUACCAGACCCACAGUGCGACAUCGGCUGUUGGGCGAAAUCGAUACCGCGGGAACCAAUAUCAGCGUCUGGACGGGGACACAUGUUUCCCAACCAUCGUCACGAACGUGCAUCCUACUGCAAAACAAGGCGAGGUCCUGCAUCCCACCUGUCUUCGGAUGGUGACCGUCCGAGAGCUCGCUCGCUUGCAGGGAUUUCCAGACUGGUUUGUUUUCGUGGCCGAUAGGCCAGAGGGAAGCGUCGUCACUUUCCAUCGCCAGAUAGGCAAUGCUGUGCCGUGGCAGAUUUCGCGAGCGCUGGGUCGCGAGCUCAGGAAAGCUUUGUUCGAGGACUGGAAGAGCAAGAACGAAGAAUCGGAUGAUCGAUCCUGACAGCGCUGCAGUGCCACUGAUUGACAGUAUAUCAAACGAAUAUGAGAUGAGAUGAUCAAGCGGGGAGGACGAGAAUAGGUACAGAGAUCUACAUAGUGUAUAAAAAGAGUUCCUCGUCUUGCUAGCCACGAGAAGCUCGAGUUGUGGCUUUCCUUCGGCCUCCGCGAGCAGUGGGUCUCUUGUUCUUUUUCUGUCGACACCAGUCACAAUACCAACGGCCUUGCGGAGAAUCGGUCAGUCCGACACAUCCAAUAUGGAACUGCGGAUGAUUCAGCCAUCUUACAAGGGGAGAGAAAAAACGAAUCACGCACCCAUUCCCAUUGACAGUCAUCCCCGUCACAACCAAUCAUCUGCCCAAAGCUGACCCGCUGGCAAGUGCAGUACAGCUUACCAUCAUCGGCGUCUUGUUCGCCAUCGCCGCCGGCCUCUCCAUUGGCACCCUCAGCGACAGCGACAUCGCCGGCGUUGAAGGCGGCGGCGGCGCCUCGCGCGAUAGCCCGCGGUGGCAUGCCCGGUCCCUCGAGCAUGCCCGGUGGCGGCGGUGUCCAAUCAGCCACAGGAGGACCAAUGACACGCGCGUGCAGUUCAUAAGGUGUCGCGUGUCCGUUGCUGAUCCCAGGACCCGUGGGAUAAGAUGCGAGCGACGGAUGGGCCGCCGACGGCGGAACGUUGAAUCUCCCAUUGGCUUGCGGGGGUUGGACGCCGUUGAGGUGGUUUGAAUCGCCGUUAGUGUAGAUUUCGGGCUGGUUACUUCCGCCGCGCGCUGCCGCACGGCGUUUUGGUGCACUUGAGGCGGAUGCCGUCGCGUUCGCGUGGGCGACGGCUGACGCGCGCGCUGCUGUGCGUGCGGUGGAGGGUUGGGGGAUAUGCGAGGUAGCUGAGAGGAGUGAAUCCGUGGGCGAUGGUGCUCGUUCGACUCUGUUGUUCGAUGAGUAUGAGAACAGGUACUAUUGGGGAACACGCACUUUUUGCGCCCGCCGUUUCGGGCCACAGCUCUCUCUCUGCGCGGGGUCUCGUCAUCUCGUCCAGCUCCACGUUUGCGCUUGGCAGGGCUCGCAUCGACGGCUGCACUGACGUUCGCAGAAGCCCCUGCCCCCGCUGCCCUUCUUCGUCUGCCUUCAGUGACGACUGGCUGCAUGUAUGGCCGCGUCGAAACAUGGGGGAAGGUUGUGCGCCGGAUAAGCAGGGAGUUAUCGAAAUCGGGUACACUCUCUGCCAGAGUCUUCAGAUUGCUAUUGUGGACCUUAAGAGUAUCAGCGGCGAGGUGGGCGACACGGAUUUUGUCUUCGCCGCCCAAACGAAGACGUUGGGCCUCCUCCGCCAACUCGGUCAGUAGCCACAGGCGCUGGGCCGGGGAGCCAACACGUUGCUCUAUCAUCUCGGUAAGGUUUUGGAUUUUGGUGGUGAGGGAGGACAGGGAUGAGGAGAGUACAGCAUCGAGUUCACGAAGCUCGGCCAUGGUGCGUGAGAGCUCGGGUGGGAGAGCAUCGAGUGUAUGCGUGUAUUCGGUCAAAAUGGCGAGGGAGUAAGCGGUGGACGGUGCUGAAGUCGAGGAGCUCGACG